GCCAAUCAUGAUAGAUUUCACUUAAACUACAUAGACAAAAACAAAUAUGUCAGCAGAGCAGACAGAGGACUUGAAGGCAUUUGAAAGGAGGCUGACUGAAGUAAUUGAUAAACUACAACCAACAGCGAGACUAUGGAGAAUGGUCCUCAUUGUCAUCUCUGUCUGUACAGCUGUCGGGGCCUGGACAUGGCUCUGGGACUCACAGACAAAACAAAGACAUUCCAAGUUCAUACUUGGUACAAAGGCUACUUAUCUCUGGAAGGUGUGUUAAGACCUCAACCAAAGUCAUUUGUCCUAGCUGAAGAUUCACUAAUCUCACUCACCCAGUCCCUGAUGAAUCAUCCAUUUUUCACAAUUAGCUGUGUAUUUCUCAUUUUCCUGUUUCUUUUUGGAAUCCAUAAAAGAGUUGUUGCACCAUCAAUUAUUGCAUCCAGAUGCCGACAAGUUUUAACAGACUUUAAUAUGUCCUGUGAUGAGACAGGCAAGUUAAUAUUAAAACCAAGGCAUUUAUAGUGUCUUAAAUGGAUAUACAAAUCUCAAUUUCAUUGUUAGCGGAGUAGCCAUCCCAGAUUGUUGUGCAGAUAAAUAUUUUCCACAGAACACAAACCUGGAACAUCAGACUGUGUAAUAGUGGGGUAUGACAAAGAUACUGCCCUGUUAUGUUAUCUUACAAGUGCUAUAUCUACAUGUAGCAAGGCAUUGCUUUUUAUUACAAGAACUUGGUAAUUAUGUACCUUUGGAAUACAAAUGUAAUAGUAUAUGAUUUGUUUAACUCUUUAUAUGUUGAAAUACAACUUUUGUUAAGUCUUUGAUUAUGAAUUAAAAUUGAUACUUUU